GAAACAACACCUCCUCCCUUCCCCCGCUCGCUCUCUGUUUCUCGUCGCCGGUAACGCUCUUCUCGGUGGAACCCGGUUGUUGGCUCGAGUUAGUUUCUCUACCAAAUUUUCGUUCUUAAUUUCUAGUAGAGACAAGGAUUUUGGUUAAUUUCUUCGCGAAAGUUCUCUGUGGAUCUGAGACGAGAGGCGAAAGGAGCAUGGCUUCGUUGCCGGACCAGAACGGCGAUUCGGGGCCGGGCGGCGGCGGCGGACGGGAAUCGCAGAGGACGAUUCCGACGCCGUUUUUGACGAAAACGUAUGAGCUUGUGGACGAUCCGGAGGCCGACGAUAUGAUCUCGUGGAGCGAAGGCGGAUCGACUUUUGUAGUGUGGCGGCCGGCCGAGUUCGCAAGAGAUAUUCUCCCCAAGUAUUUCAAGCACAACAACUUCUCCAGCUUUGUGCGACAGCUCAACACUUAUGGAUUCCGGAAGGUUGUACCGGAUCGGUGGGAGUUUGCGAACGACUGCUUCAAAAGAGGGGAGAAAGGACUCCUCCGGGAGAUUCAGCGCCGGAAAAUCUCUCCGUCGGUGUCCGCUUCCGCCGCGACGGUGGCGGCGGCAGCUGCGGUUACAGCGGCGGUGCUGCCUGUGGCGGCGGUCUCGGUGUCUCCGGCUAACUCCGGCGACGAGCAGGUGAUCUCGUCCAACUCGUCGCCGAUGGCCGUACCGACGCCGGCGCCGGCGGUGACGUUGCUGCAGCGGGCCAGGAGCUGCAACUCCACGGCGGAGAUACUAGAGGAGAAUGAGCGGUUGAGGAAGGAGAACAUGCAGUUAAGCAACGAGCUGACUCAGCUUCGGGGGCUGUGUAACAAUAUCCUUGGAAUGAUGACCAACUACGCCUCGGGACAGUUGGCCAGAGGCGGCGGAGCAGUGGCGGAUGAUAAGCCGCCACCUCCGCCGCUUCAUUCGGUGAAAAUUUCUCAGGGAGGGGAAAACGCCGCCGUCUCCGGAGGUGACAUGGCGGGAGAUUCGGCGGAGGAGGAUGAGAUGGAGGAGGAUCAGGAGGAGGAGACGCCACUGCCGCUGGCGCUGCCGUUGCGUCCGAUUCCGACGGCGAAGCUGUUCGGAGUCUCGCUCGGGGUGAAGCGCCCGAGGAGAGACGAGGAGGAGGAGGGGGAAGAUCAGGAGCGUCAAAACCAAGGGUGUGAUGAGGUGGUGAAGCAAGAGCCGUCGGAUGGGAGCUCAAAGCUCGAGAAGGAAGGUACGUGGCUGGAGCUACGGAAGUGA